AACGACAGCAUUGAAAAAGAUUCAAGCCAAAUACUGAAUCUUGUUGAAACUGUUUUGGCAAAAAAAUUUGUACUGUGACAUGGGUUAUUGUGUGAUAUUGCCAUUGAUUCUCUGUGCUGGUUGAGAGAAACAAGGUUACUCGUUGUGUAGACCGCAGCAGCAGAAGGCAUUGUGGUAAUGGAACUGGAAGGCAAAGAGCCGAAGGGGGUUGGAGCCAUCGAACUUGUAGUAGGGGACUCCCACUCUUUGCUUUUCGCUCUUCCCUCCGAAAAACAGUGGGGCACUUCCUUGUGCUACCGGAGAUCCAGAAUCGGUGUUCCGGGUGGGUGUAUUGCUUUGGUUGGGCUAUGGAUUUCGAGACUUCAUCGGCCAAGCUUUCAGGCGAGCUCAAUGAGGAAGGCUUACCUUACCGUGCAUGUCCACAAUGAGACCGCAGCAGCAGAAGGCAUUGUGGUAAUGGAAUCGGAAAGCAAAGAGCUGAAGGGGGUUGGAGCCAUCGAACUUGCACUUGGAGACUCCCAGUCUUCGUUUUUCACUCUUCCCUCCAGAAACAGUAAGGCACUUUCCUGUGCUACUGGAGACCCAAAAUCGGUAUUCCUGAUGGUUGAACUGCUUCAUUGGGGCUACGGAUUUCCAGUCUGCCUCGGUCAAACUUUCGAGCGAGUUCAAAGAGCGAAGGCUUACCUUACCGUGCUUGUCCACAGUGAGGUAACUUGCUCCACCUGAACACUUGUCCAUGUAGUUGCUAAACCUGUUGAACAUAUCUCAGAAACCAUCGGGCUAUAAUCAAGUAUACUACCAUAGGUGUUAGAAGAUAACAGAUAUGUAUAUUGGACAUGGUUCACCACUGCCUCGCAUAUAGUAGAACUUGUAUGGUAUACGACAAGGAUGAAACAAAUAGAUUAAGGGAAUUUGAGAUUCAAAAUCAUAUUUUGAGCUCUGAUACCAUAUUGAGUGACCAAUCAACCUAGAAGCUCAAGACAUUAGAAAUUGCACCGACAAUUUAUUAUCAAGCAUAGUUUAACAGAAUUGACGCAUAAAAAAUCCAAUUCAUAGGUUGUAUAGAACUAUGUGGAACUCUUAAUGAUGUAUGAUUAUCUUCCUUGUCAUGGUACUAAUUCUUUUCGUCAUUGGUUCUUAAUUUAGUAUCCUUAACAAUGAUGACAACCUCUAUUUAUUCAUUAAACGGAAAACAACUUUAUUAACCAUUCUCUUAUGUUUAGAAUUAAAGAGGAAAGACAAGGUUGAGUGGUAAUAAUACUUUGCCGGUUUGCUAUAUAUGUAGAAUAGAACUAAACAAGAACAUAAUGUAAUAACGUAGAAAUCAUUUUGCAUGCUAACUACCUGUGAAAUCCCGAAGCAGAACCAGAGGUAGAUUGCCAGCCGAAAUAAGCAUUAUGUUUUGUGGAAUUGCCCCCCACAAUAUUGGGCACAGAAUACACCCCUCUGUCAUGGCCCUCCACAUAAUCAGACUGCAAAGCGCCUGCAAUGAGAGUGUUAUCCCAUGCGGUCAUGUGGGGAUAGGCUUCGCUUGGAGGGCAGCUUUUCGUAUUGCAUCCAGUGCAUUGGCUGCAGAGCUUGUCGCUCUUCAGACUCGGGGGUAGUCCAGCACAGCUAUAGCUCGUCACAAGGAGGAGGAGAACCCAUGAAAUGAGGUAUCGAUGCAUGUUUCUCCGUUUAAUUGCUCUUCUGGCGGCUCCCCUCCUUGCUCUCCUUGAUUAUUUUGUGCAGAAAUAUUUGAUGCUGCUCGCCUAUAUAUUUGUGCGCGUAUUUUUUCUCUUGUUCUAGUUAUCAUCGAGAUUGAUUUAUUUUUUGGUUACCGCUGAAUAUCAGACUGGUUGAACCUUUAUGUAGCUGGCAGUUAUAUGAGAAAUGAGUAACAAAGCAGAAAACGGUUGGCUCUCUGUUCUUUGUGAAUUAAUUUAACGUAUAAGCUUUGGUAC